CGACGGAAAAAGCCCACCAAGGAAACUCAAAACCCAACGGUCACUCCUCCCUCCCUCCUCCUCUCGCCUUUCGCUUCUUUUAAGCCUUUACUCCUCUCUCUUUCUCUCACCCUCACCGUCCCUCUCGUUGCCGCAUCCACCCCACGAGGUUCCAGUCUUUCCGUGUUCCCCUCUCGCCGCACGCCACCACCCACAAGGCCACAAGCGUAGUCUCGCUGGUCGUGGUCACCGGCCGGCGCUGUCGAUUUGUCUAGUCGAAGCCUCCGCUCAACGUAGUGAGGAAGCAGCUAGCAUUGGUCGCCCGGGGAAGGAUGGCGAGAGGUGGCGGAGCGGGAGAGGAGGAGGAGGGGAGGGCGGCGAGCGAGGAGGCGCUGACGGCGGACUCGGCGGACGAGGAGGGCCGUCGCGGGAGCAGCUCCAGCGCCAGCUCCGAGGCCGCCUCCAGCGUGUCAUACACCUACACCCCGCCCGACGACUGGCAGAAGGUGGCCAUCAAGACCUGCGUGUCGGCCGAAGUCGUCGUCGCCGCGCCCGGCGGCAAGGACGAGAAGCCGCCGCAGCGCAGCGGGGACGCCGCGGCCGACAAGCACAGCAGGGCCUCGGAGAUGGAGAUGAUGAAGGAGAGGUUCUCGAAGCUACUGCUGGGCGAGGACAUGUCCGGCAGCGGCAAGGGCGUCUGCACCGCGCUCGCCAUCUCCAACGCCAUCACCAACCUCUGCGCGACGAUAUUCGGGCAGCUCUGGAGGCUGGAGCCGCUGCUGCCGGAGAAGAAGGCCAUGUGGCGGCGGGAGAUGGACUGGCUGCUCUGCGUCAGCGACCACAUCGUCGAGCUCGUGCCCACAUGGCAGACGUUCCCGGACGGGACUAGGCUGGAGAUCAUGACAAGCAGGCCACGGUCUGAUCUGUACAUCAACCUGCCAGCGCUCCGGAAGCUAGACAACAUGCUCCUCGAAAUCCUGGAGGGAUUCAGGGACGCCGAAUUCUGGUACGUGGACCAGGGCAUCUGCGCGCCGGACUGCGACGGCUCCGCGUCGUUCAGGAGGACGUUCCACCGCCGCGACGACAAGUGGUGGCUCCCGGUGCCCCGCGUGCCCCACGGCGGCCUCUGCGAGGCCACGCGGCGGCAGGUCGAGCAUCGCCGCGACUGCGCCAACCAGAUCCUCAAGGCCGCCAUGGCCAUCAACAGCAACGCCUUGGCCGAGAUGGACGUGCCCGACUCCUACCUCGACUCCCUGCCAAAGAACGGGCGCGCGACGCUGGGCGACGUCAUCUACCGGUACAUCACCUCGGACCAGUUCUCCCCGGACUGCCUCCUCGACUGCCUCGACCUGUCGUCGGAGUACCAGGCGCUGGAGAUCGCCAACCGCGUCGAGGCCUCUGUCUACGUGUGGCGCCGGAGGGGCGGCGCUGCCGGGAAGCCGGCGAGCCGCGCCGGUACCAAGUUGUCGUGGGGCAUCGUCAAGGACAUGAUCAUGGACACGGAGAAGCGGGACCUGCUCGCUGAGCGCGCCGAGGGCCUCCUGAUAUCCCUGAAGCAGAGGUUCCCCGGGCUCACGCAGACGAGCCUGGACAUGAGCAAGAUCCAGUACAACAAGGACGUGGGGAAAUCGAUUCUUGAGAGCUACUCGAGGGUUCUGGAGAGCCUGGCCUCCAACAUCAUCGCACGGAUCGACGACCUGCUCAACGUCGACGAGCUGAGCAAGCAAUCAGACCACCUCCCCGCUGGCGGCGCGGACGGGAAGAUCGUCUGCAAGAACAGCAGCAGCAAGGCCACCACGGUGGUGCCCGCCUCGGGCACGCCGUACGCGACGGCGUACGCCACGCCGAGCUUCUCACCGGCGCAGCUGUCCAGCCCGUCCAAGAUCGGCAGGGCCCUGCUGGUCGACCGCCGGUCAUACCACAGUAAGGGGCCCGGAGCCAAGAGAGCAACGAUGCCCAAGGCUGACCACGCCGGCGUGGAGGUGGUCAAGGGGAUGUUGCUCGGCAGCGCCGUGUUCGACAUCCCGACGACGGCUGUUGCAGCAGAGCUGUGAAGAUCCAGGGCACACGCUGGUUUCAGAUGUGUAUACUCAUUACCUCGUGUCAGCGUCACCGAUGCGCUGGCCAGAUUUGUUGAUGCGUGGUGUUACUCGUAGUAUUUAGGCACCUGAGGCGAUUUCUCUUGCCGUUUGCCGCCCUCCGUUUGUAAUGCUUUUUGGCACGGUUUCAUGUUAGUUCUACAAGUUUUUGUAUGCUAUCCGAUAUUUCUAUCCGAUGGAGUAUAAGACAGUUUCUAUCCGA